CAGUUCAGGUUCAGGUUUUCAUUCCAACCGAGCAGAAGCCACACCUGAGUCUAUCCGGAUCAGUAUCCUGCUUGAUUGGAAUAAUAAUUUGCGAACAGGUUGGCCCUUUGCGGGAGUUCUUCCCCCGCCCUUGUGUGGAGAGUGUGCUGAGCUCGUGGAGUCACGGGAGACCGAUUUUGUCUUUAGAAAGUAGGCAAAGUAGAACAAUAGGGAAAGGUGUAGAGACGCACAGAACGGGUGUUCAUGGGGGCAUAAGGAGUUUAGAAAGCACAGGGUGUAGGGGCGCGUUUCAGAAGACGGGAGGAGCAGAGGUGGUGAGUCAGGCUGAAGCAGCUCUUUAACUGCGAGGAGAAGCAGAUCAGAAGCUGAACAUGAUGAUGAUGAUGAUGUGCUGUACGUCAUGGCCAACGGGACCGGUGCGAUCAUGUUGAAGUGUGUGGUUGUCGGCGACGGCGCCGUCGGCAAAACCUGCCUCUUGAUGAGCUACGCCAACGACGCGUUUCCCGAGGAAUAUGUGCCCACUGUGUUUGAUCAUUACGCAGUGAGUGUGACAGUUGGGGGAAAGCAGUAUCUUCUUGGGCUGUAUGACACUGCUGGUCAGGAGGACUAUGAUCGCCUCCGUCCCUUGUCUUACCCCAUGACAGAUGUCUUCCUGAUUUGUUUCUCGGUGGUGAAUCCAGCCAGUUUCCAGAACGUGAGGGAGGAGUGGGUCCCUGAGCUGCAGGAAUGUGCACCCAACGUCCCCUACCUGCUCAUCGGCACUCAGAUUGAUCUGAGAGAUGACCCCAAGACGAUCACCAAGUUGAAUGAUGUGAAGGAGAAGCCCAUAGUGACAGAACAGGGACAGAAGCUGGCAAAGGAGAUUGGUGCCUGCUGUUAUGUGGAGUGCUCAGCUCUGACACAGAAAGGCUUGAAGACAGUGUUUGACGAGGCCAUUAUCGCCAUUCUGGCUCCCAAGAAAGGUGUGUUAAAGCGCCGUCUCGGUCCACGGUGCAUCAACUGCUGCCUUAUCACGUGAGCAUCCUGUCACACACCAGCUCAGGGACGAUUCAGUGUCAGAGCUACACCACGUCCCCUUAAAUAAGGAGGGCAAUUUUAAAAAUCAAGCAGAGCACAACCUCUCCAUAACAGAUUACAGAAAAUGGAAAUACAUUCUGGAAUAGGUGAAGGGGGGAAAAAACAGGUGUGAAUGUUUUACUACUAGGAAAACAGGAACAAAUUUUACUCUGGGAUGGAGGGAGGGAAGGAGUGAGAACAGUGAGAACAACCACAAAGCAUUCGUCAGCAAACUGGCGACCAAGAAGGACACUAAACAUGAGUGAGAUGACACCAGAACAAGUAACAUUGAAGCACAGAAAAUGAAAACUUGCAAAGGCAAGACCAUGAAUGGCACACUACAACAAUGCUGAUGACCGAAAACAGUGAGUGUAUGCAGUUUUGCUUCUGUAGGCAUGUGUGAUCUGGAGAGAAAAUGCAGACAGGUUAAAGAGCACAACCAAACACCCCAGACAUUCACAGAAGAAAGACUUUAUUUGUCGAAAAAGGGAAACCACAUCUCGCAACAUGGCGUUGCAAAAUGAAUGCCUUUUACAAAACAUUUCUCUUUCUAGUCUGGGUUUGUACAUCCUUUAUUUACAAGAAAGACGAAAUCCGGAAUGAUCAAGUAUAGAUGUAUCAAGCCACUGCAACUAUUUGAAGGAACAACUAAUGUCAAGCUGAGGAAAGUAUACUUUUUAUUG